GCACACACGUAUGACGUAUAGACCGUGAAUAAUCUCAAUCAUCUGCUCCGCGCCUCCCAUGUAUGCGACCGGAAUUUAAACAUGACGUUCUGAAUAGAAUUUUGUUAUGAUAUCACCCAUCGGAACAUGUCGUACUUUCCGAGCUGGUGUUCAAUUUAAAAACGACGAGUGCACGAUGCAAACGUUCACCGCACGAUUGCGGAGCAAGCUGUUAUUUUGACAAUUAACGCCACACCUAAAUUACGCAAUUUAUUAUCAUAAACUCCAAGCGUAUUAUUCAUCCAAAGUAUAUUCUAAGAAGAAGCCUUCUUUCUCGAUAUCUUCUAGUGCGUGCAUGAAGAUUUCGUGUAGUUGGCUGUGAUGUUUGUAAUUUUAUUCUAUAUGUACACAAUUCCGUAAAGAUCACGAGCGUAAAAACGUUUGAAUCCAAGAUUUCGAUCUGUAAAAACGUGAAAUUUCUCUGACCAGAAAGAUCUCUAUGAGACUUCCUUUUUCCUAACAUUGAGCAGGUUUAUGCGUAAAGCGCGCUGCGACAAAAGUUGUAUUCAUGCCUUUUUGUCUGAGAAGUAACGCAGUUUGCAAAAUGGAAGAAUAUUCUGUUGCAUCUGACGUGUCAGUGGUCGACGUAUAUGACAUUGCGUCAGAGAUAGGAAAGGAAUGUGAAAAGCUUAUAGAUUUGUUUGGAGCACAGUCAGUGACUAAUCUUAUGCCAAAGGUAAUCAAUGCUUUAGAGUUACUUGAAAAUCUUGCUAUCAAGAAUGAACGUGAAAAUACUACGGUACAAGAGCUUAGCGCUAAGAUCUCUCAGCUUGAGAGCGACAAGAUUGGCAAAGCUGAGGAUAGACAACGAUUUGAAAAGGAACUGGAGCAAAUCGAAGAACAUUGGAGACAGGAGUCCCGUGACUUAGUAGCCAUGGUUACUAGAUUACAGGAAGAGAAUAGACGAUUAGCUGAAGCUCUGCAAGAAUCAAGUGAUAGUCAGUACAGCAGUAAACAAACAACUAUCACACCUAGUCAAGAAGUUGAUAUAGCAGUUCUGCAGCAUUUAAGAUCCAUGAUAGAUAAGCAGAGAGAUCAGAUCCGCGCUAGAGAUCGAGAAUUAUCGCAAAAGACUGCAGAAAUUGAAAAUUUGACUGCACAGGUAGAAAAGCUUACUGUAGUUGGACGGGAACUAAAACGUAAACAACGACAGGCGCAAAUGCAAGCCCGAGGUUUAGUAGAGGAGAGGGCCGACUUUUUAGCUCAGCUGCAGGAUCAGAACCGGGAACUUAUAAAUCUCCGGGGCCGACUUGGCAUGGCUAAAAAAGAAAACGAGGAUUUAACUAAAUUACAAGGCUGUCCUGAUUUAACGAAUAAAGCAAUUUAUGACUUGGACGAUCCUGAUAGACCCAGAUUUACGACUGCAGAGCUUAAAGAGAUUUUGCACGAACGAAAUGAAUUGAAAGCAAGAGUUUCAGAUCUCGAGGACGAACUAGAAUUGUACCGACCAAAACCUGAAAUUCCAGAGGAUGAUAAAGAUGCACCUGUGCAAGGACCACUUCCUUAUGAACCAGAUGAUGCACCCUGGAAGAAAUCCUCCGAAUCCGGAAUUCGUAAAUUCUUCCGAAAAAUAUUCUCGGAAUCUAGCAGCAGCUUUCUCGGAGGUAGUAGUCCCAGACGAAGUCUUUCUAGUCUUUCAAAGAUGGCCCUAUCUGGUAGCAGUACCUGUGAUACAUCUAUAUAAUGUUUUCUUAAAAAUACAUUGGAUAAUUUUAAAUAAUUGGAUCGAAUAACCAAGGAUGACGUUGCUUACAAACAUACUUUUCAUAUACAUUUUCAUUUUCAUUACACAUUUUAAUUGCUCGGUAUGCAUACAAUUUUAACAUAGAUAUAUGUGGAUCUUUAUAACAAAGAUAAUUGCAUUAUUAAGACCUAGUUCAUAGCUAAUAGAUAGAUGUGCAUGAAAUGAGCAACUGAAAAUUUAAGUAUAAACCUAUAACAAAAGAAAAGACCUGUAUGUAUAUAUUUGUACAGUUGCAUAAAAGGACAAUGUACAUUUAGCUACACGACCUUAGUAUAUUACAUAACUUUGCUCGUAUCCAACUUUUAUUUAUUUUUUAUUAUAUAUCUCCUUUUAGACAUGAAAUUUUAGAGAUUCAAUUUAUGUACAGGAUAUUUGUGAUGCAUGUAAAAAGGGUAAUGGCACAAAUAGAAAAGUACAUUCCUAAUUUCUUAUAAAAGUACUAAGCGCGUGUAGGUUUAAAUGUGUAUUGUAUGAUACCAAAGUAUUCAAUUAUUAUUUACUAAUGACUUUUUGAUUUAUGUUCUAUCUUUUGAUAAUUUACUUUAUUCUAUUGACAUGCGUUAUUAAUCCAUUGCAACUUUACGAUCAAAGUAACAAUUCUCUUAAGAAAAUAAUUCUCUUAAUAAUGUCUUUAAAUAAAUUCUAUCUUGACCACAGUUUUUAUACACUUUUUAUCUUAUUUGCUUUUUAAUAUAUUAUUUCGUACAUUUAAUGUAUCAAAAUGCAUUUGGUCAAAGCAGAUAAUGUUAAAUUUGUAUAUUGUUGCAUUUGUUUUUACAUUUUAUAUACUACUUAUAGCUAUAAGCAAUGACAUAUCUCUGUAUUCAAUUUUUCUAUUUUAUUUACGAUUCUUUGCGGACAAACGAUAUGGAAUCUAAUAUAUUUCAGAAUUUGUGCCACUUAUUAUUAAUAUAAAAAUAAAUAUGAGUUUAAUUUCCUUUUCAUGUUGCAAUUGUAAAUAUACUCAUAAAACAAAUCGUUUAGCUGUAUAAUCAUUUCAAUAUGUGAUACGUUCAUAUAGAAAUAUUAGUGUUAUUUUUCUUAAAUAUACAUGAUGAUAUAAUUAAAAAGUUAUUAACACACUUUUAUAUAUAGCAAACAUCACAAUAUCCAA